CGCCGCGGCGCGUUUGGACGGAGGGAAGGAGGAAGGAUCGGAACGGAACAGAAAGAAAGAAAAGCCUCUCCAUUUUAUCAGUUUCGGAUUCGUUCCUCCGGCGGCCGCUAGCAAGGGAGCCCGGCGCUAGGGCCAAGGCCGGAUUGGAUGGCUCAUGCCGCCGACGCGAGGUCGCGCUGCGUCGUCGCGGUGCUCUUCGCCGUAGCCGUCUUCCUCGCCUGCUUGCCGCCCGCCGCCGCCUCCUCCUCGUCUUCCCGGGCAGCGGCGGCGGCGGCAUUGCAACGAGUCGAGAUGGCGGCCAUGUACACCCCGCAGGACCUGCAGGAGAAGCCGGAUGUGACCAAGGACGCGGAGGAGGACGUGAGCACGACGGGGUUCGGCGCGGAGGAGGAGAGGGAGGUGCCCACCGGGCCGGACCCCAUCCACCACCACGGCAGGGGACCCAGGCGCCGGCAGUCGCCCUGAUCGCGCGGCAGGUGGAGGAUGCUUCCGUGGGUCGGUUCAUCCAGCGUGAGUGAGCCAUGAAUCAAGAACCAGAUUCUGAUAUGCCCUGUGCAUGGGUGCUCUGUUCAAUCUGCACAUUGGAUUCUGAUCCUAUUGUUGUUGUAGGGUACUAAUCAAAGGAAAAAAAAAAAAGGGGGGGGGGGGGGGGCUACAAUUCAUAAUAAGGGCUGUACAAUGAGCUGUUCUUCCCCUAAACAAACUUAUUUCUUAUUCUUAGUUUUGUUACUACCUGCUUGGCUUCCAUGUGAUUUUACAUUUUUGUGUGGCGUUGAUGUUUAAAUAGAUAGCUGGUUCCUGUUUCAUGUGAUUGUCCAAUUGAAACUGGGGGCAAGAAGCAAUAGCUCCUUAUUUCGUUCCAACAAAAUUGAAAAAUUGUUCUCUUCUGCUUA